AGGGUGAGCAAAGCCCAGUUAGGGCUUUGGAGGAAGGAGAGUUUUGGUUGUGGCUAUGGCGACCAUGGCAGCAGCAGCUCCCGAGGUGUUGCGGUGCUCCUACGCCUGUGUUCUCGCCUCCCCAGCCUCCCUUCAUGGCACCAAUGUGUCGCCCAUUCCCUCAGCUCCUCUCUUAUCCAAUCCUCGUCGAAUUCGGUCCAGAAUUGUAGACGUAGCAAGCUCACGAGUCGAGGCAGUCAACCGUGUAGCUUCGUCCUCAAUUCGACGAUGCAACUCGGGUUUUCUAGGGUUUAGCUCGCACGCUGCCACGAUUUCGCAUUCUUCUGUCCUUUGGAAUUCGUCACCUGGCCGUUGGAUUUCGCCGUCGUUUGUUGUGCAAGCGAAGAAGGUGGCAGAAGUUGAAGUCGCUGUGGAUAAGGUCGGUACACCUGCCGGCGAAGAGGAGGAGGAAGAGGAGGAAGUAGAAAUAUCCUGGAUUCAAGAAAAGGCCGAGGAUCUUGUUAUUGCUACUGGCCAAGCAAUUGAUAGAGUUCCUGGGCCGCGAGUAGCGGAGACUCGCAUGCCCUGGCUCGUUGCAUUGCCGUUAGCCUACCUAGGAAUUACUUUUGUCAUUGCCUGUGUCAGGACGUACAAGAAAUACACUUCCCCCAAAGGACAACGAAAACGCCAGGUAGGAAAGAAUGCAUUUUUGGUGGAAAGUUUAGGAGAGUACUUUCCUACGAAAAGAGAUGAAUUGGAUGCCAACAAGCUUCAGAAGCUCGCAAACAAGUGCAAUUUUUCUCUAGGCGAGGUUCUGCGCAAAUACGUACGUUAUGCUCUAAAUGAGCGGCCAUUCACCCCAGAGACAGUUGCUGACCUGCUCCACUUGAGAAAGGUCUCAGGUUUAAGUGAAUCCGAGGUUGCUGAUGUGUUGAAUGACGUUGCCAAACGCUUAGUGAAGUCUAAAGGCCCAGUCGUGAUGAAUACAGAAGGCAUGACAGAAAAGGGUAUUAAGCGAAAGGCUGCAGUUCAGGCGCUCUUUUCCAAGCUCCUCUAUCUUUCUGAAUUGGAGGAGUUUGUUACGAGUGAUAAUAGAAGUGCCUUGACCAUCAAGACAACUUUUGGUGUUACCGACGAUGAUGCAAACAAGAUUCGGAUCGAUACUCUGUCCGAACAAACGGACGUCGAGUCUCUGGAGCGUAUGGUUGGAUCUGCCGGUUCAGAGUCUGACGAUGAGGAGGUCGCUUCUCCCGAGGCUGAAAAGGAUAAGUAGUCGAAAAGCCCAAUCCUGAAGAGACACUACCCUCGAUUAUUGCUCUAAGGUGGGUGCCUUCUGUAAGCUUAGUUUGUCCAGUUUCUGCGCGAAGUUUGUAGAAACCAUCAGGAGGAAAGAGAGGCAUUAGGAGCGGAGGAGAACCAUCUGUCGUUAUCCGGUAUACCAACUUUUCAUCCUCAUUCGUUGAAGGGAUCCGUUUUAGCGAAGCGGUCUUUCAGUUAGCAAUGCACUUUAGUGAAAUGAGGUUUUCUGUGACAAAGAUAGAGUUAGAAGAUAAUGACAAAGUCGAAGAACUACUUUGUUGUACAACUAGUUUUCCAAUGGAAAGAUGUGAGCGAUGAUCAGUGGAGCUCUUGGGUUUGAACCCAUGUUUAAUAACAUUUGGAGAAGCACUUGCUGCACAACCUCUAUCAUGGUUAUUCUGCACAUAAGCAAGGAUGUCAUGAUUGUCCCGUUUA